CACGAGGGGGCUUCGCACUGGCCUUCUGCUUCAGAUUUGUUAACAUUAAUUAUAAACAACUGCGCCUCGCAUAUGUUUGUGUUACUUACGCGAAGGUUAGAGCUUCAAUUUUUCCUAAAGUAACACUAACUGCGAUAUGACGGCUUUUUCAUCCGUUUAACCGUGACACCGUGUGACCCAGCUUUAGUAGGCGUAAGCGGCCAUUUUAUCAUCGGGGUGUUUUCCUUUUUCGCGGAAAGUUGGUCACCACCGACUCAUCGCGGCCGAAAUGACAUAACGAUAAGGUGCACGCGUUAGUUAGCAUGAGUUUUUAGUUGCGUGACAGCCACUGCCAGUGCCAUGCCUCCACCACCACCACCUCCCCCGCCCCUGAUGGGGGGACUGGGACCGCCAAAGCUUGGGAACACGGCAGCCACGCCGGACCGGUCUGCCCUGCUGUCGCAGAUUCGUGGCGGUGCUACAUUAAAGAAAGCGGUCACCAACGAUCGCAGUGCACCUAUAAUUGACGGUGCCAAAAAAGGAGGUUCAUCGUCAUCAUCAUCAAAUGGCUCUGGAAAGCUGGGUGCCCCUCCCGGGUUGGCAGGGCUUUUUGCAGGAGGCAUGCCGAGGUUACGACCUACAGGAAAUGCAGCAUCUGGGACAGGACAGCUAUUUGCUUCAGGGACCAGUGUACAUUCUUCCGGUCCUAGACAAGGCUUUUCUUCUAGUCCUGCUGUGGGUGGCUCGCACAAGCCUGCUGCUCAGCCGCCGCUGCCCAGUGAAACGCCACCAGUGCGCCGUGCGGCCCCCUCUCCCUUCCCCGCCGACGUGAGCCCUCGUGGCCCACCUCCCGCCCCUCCCCCGUCGAGCCACAAGCCCAACCUGAAUGCCGUGGCCCCUGCAGCAGACUCCGCCCCGGCGGCUGGCCGCAGCAGGACGGGCCCUCCGCUCCCGAGCAAGCCGCCGGGGGUGACAAGGUCCGCCUCCCAGUCGAGCCUCGGGGGAGGAGCCAAGCAGCGACCGCUGCGUGCGCCCGCCGUCAAGCCCCCACCACCACCCAAGAGCCCCGCGGUGGUCACCACGGCAGUGAGCGUCGCAGCUUCCAAGUUUGGCACCAUGGGACCAUCUCAUCACAGCAACCGGUUGGCAGUACCUGGUGCCGCCCCUCCUUUGGCCCGUAGGCAGAGCUUCGGUGCUCCGGACUCGCGGGAUGGUGAGGCUCCGGUGCCCCAGCUCAAGCCAACGGGUCCUCCACCCCCUCCACGCAAUGUCAGCGUGCCUAGCAAUCUUCACCAAGCGCACAAGGCCCGUGCGGUCCCUCCCGCACCCCCUGCACGUGGCCAGGCGCCCACUGGGCGCCCACCGCCUCCGCCAAGGGGACGAGAGCCGCCUCCGCUGCCAACCAGUGCGCCUCCUCCCUUGCCCAGCACCGGGCCCCCUCCCUUGCCGACCAGCGCUCCACCCCCUCUGCCUACUACUGCACCGCCUCAGCUGCCCCAAAGGGGUGCCCCUCCCCAGCCACCUCACCAGACUGCGAAGCCCACCGCCUUGGUGGCCCCCACGAGGCCGUCACCCACACCCCCGCAGAGAAGCUCCUCAGUCAGGAACCCUGCCUCGGCCUCCUCUUCAGCAUUUGAAAGCCGCUUCAGGUUUAAUCCCAUUGACCAGAUGCCCGCACCUCACUAUGUUGCAACAAAGGAUAAGAGGUACCCUAGUAAAGCUGCGCAGAAGCAGAACCAUCAACGCCAGGCUCCCCUGCCCCCAAUGUCGCUGCACGCGAGUGGUUUUGUGGCCCACCAGACCCCUGUCUGACCGCAGGCCAGGGGCCCCGGCGGGCACGGUGCGAGUCACAAACACCCAGACACCCUUCUUCACCUCUCGGGGGUUCGGGAAGCUCGACGUUACGUUGGUCCCGCUCUGUUGGACGCCGCAAGGACGGGGUACUGCAAGGAUGUCAAAGAACAAACGCACCCUGUAGCAGACAGUGCACACUGCUGGAAUUGCCACUUUUUGUUGUGACACUGUUCCUUCCCCCCCCCCCCCCCCCCCCCUGUUUUUGUGAAAGUCACAACAUCGCUAAGUUGUGGUGCAUAGGUGCUUUGGCCUUGUCAUCUUUAUAGGUUGUACUACCCCCCCCCCCCACCAUUUUUUUGUUUGUUUUGUGGCUCGCCUUUGAGUUGUAGUAGCGAAGUGGAGAGAGGAAGGGAUGUUCGUUCUCGUGUGCCGUAUUUGACAACUCCUGCAUACAGGAAAAAUAUUUUGCGCAUGGGGCGCUGUCUCGAGGCACUCUUAUUGGCAUCAUUAUUAUGCUUUCAUAUUUGUUUUCUUUUUGAGAUGUUUGCUUCUUGGUCAGCAGCCCUGACCUCCUUGCCACAUUUCUUAAACCGAGGCGUAAGCUUAGAAAUAUUAUUGCUAGCGUGGCGCUGUGAGCUGAGUGGAAUAAACUCUGAGUGGAAUCGUUCUGUGAAGACAGAGUGCAUUAGCCAAACAAGUAGAAGAGCUAAGAGGGCUAUCAAUUUUGUGUUUUCGGCCUUUCACGUGAGCCCUACGUAUACGCAAAUUAAUUUUUUAUAAUUUUAUUUUAUUAUUGCAUUUUUUUAUAUUGCAGUAACCAAAGCAGAAUAUGUGCUGUGCCUGACUGCUUUGAUAUCUUUUUUUUUCGUAUAGACAUGCUGGACAUUUUUACGAUACCCUUCGUGCAACUUUUGUUUUCUCUUGUUUUUUUCUUUCCUCUUGUAGUUUUUUUGCUCACGCUUUUCGCUGUUGCGAGUCUUAAUUUUUGAUGUUACCAGCAGAUGCAUGGAAACACUCGCGACCUGGAGUUGCUUGUUCUAGUUGUAUAUACGAUAUGGAUAGUGCUGCACAAGCUGUGUUAUAUGGAAUCAAAGCGCAGGCCUACGAUGUUGUACUUUUGUCAGCAGAGG